AUGAGCUGGUACCUGGCCAAGCCAACUUCCCUGCAAGCACCCCUCCAGGACCUUAGGGGCUGUGCUAGUCUGAUGGGGCUGGUAGAAGAGCAAAUCCACGUUUGUCAGUGGCAGGUGGAAGCCAUGGAUGCAGUGAAGCGAGGUGCAGAGCUGGCUGUCGAGGAAUGCCAGCACCAGUUUCACUCUCAGCGCCGGAACUGCUCUACUCUGCAGGGAAUGCAGGUCUUUGGCAAGGUCAUCAUUCAAAACACAUGGGAAUCUGCUUUCAUCCAUGUCAUUUCUGCUGCUGGCAUUUCUUUUGCUGUAACUCAUGUCUGCAGCCACGGGGAGCUGGAGAAGUGUGGCUGUGACCACAAGAUCCAAGGAGUCAGUCCUGAAGGUUUCCAAUGGUCAAGCUGCUCUGACAACCUGUCUUAUAGUAUUGCCUUCUCUCAAGCCUUUGUAGAAAACCCUGAGAGAAGCCAUGGUGUCUCCUCCACAAACGUGCACAAUAAUGAGGCUGGAAGGAAGUGCAACCAGACAUCCCUGGCCAUGGAUGGCUGUGAGCUCCUGUGCUGCGGCAGGGGCUUCCUCAUGGCUCAGGCAGAGGUGGUGGAGCCCUGCAGCUGCAAGUUUCACUGGUGCUGCUCUGUCAAGUGCAAGCAGUGCCGGCACCUAGUGGAGGUGCAGAGAUGCCGCUGA